CUCCAUCAAUAAAGAACAAAUAACCCCUCCUCCGGAUCAAAAUAUUGACUGACUCCCCAAUCCUCACCACCAUGACCGACGCAGAACCCACUCUCGCCGCCACCUUGGCAACUGAUGCUCCUGCCACCAAGCAAACCGUUGAUCCCUAUAAUGUCGCUGGAGAAAUUGGCGCAGAUGGAGUCGCAAAAGCUAUCAAUUACUUGACUUUGAUCGAUGAGUUUGGUACCAAGAAGAUUGAGGAGGCAGAUUUAAAAAGAUUCGAAGAAGUGACUGGUCAUAAACCUCAUCGAUUUAUGAGGAGAGGGAUCGUGUUUAGCCAUCGCGAUUUAAAUCUUAUGCUGGAUCGUCAUGAGAGAGGAGAACCGUUUUUCCUGUACACGGGACGCGGUCCAAGCAGUGAUAGUAUGCAUAUUGGGCAUACUGUUCCUUUUGAGUUUACCAAGUAAGUUCUGAAGUCUUGAAUAGGUUCAGUUUCACACAAUCUGCGAGUACUGGAAGCAUGUCGCAGUCAGAACCUACAAUUUCUCUGCAUCAUACUGAUGACUCAUUCAUAGAUGGCUACAAGAUGUCUUCGAUGUCCCAUUGAUCAUCAUGCUUACGGACGAUGAGAAGUAUAUCUUUUCAGAGAAACGUACAAUUGAGGAAGUGCAAAGCUAUACCAAUAGUAAUGCGAAAGAUAUCAUUGCUGUUGGUUUCGACCCUAAAAAGACAUUUAUAUUCAGCGAUUAUGAUUAUAUGGGAGGGGCAUUCUAUAAAAACGUUACUCGAAUCUCCAAGCACGUUACAUUGAAUGUUGCACGAGCUGUUUUUGGUUUCAAUGAAAGGUAAGAUAUUCUGGUACAAGAGACUACAUACUUUAUUGACAAUCCCAGUUCAUGCAUAGGCAAAAUCCAUUUUGGAGCUGUCCAAGGUGCAACCUCGUUCGCCAACUCUUUCCCUCAUAUCUUCGGCACAGAUGAAUCUAAAACCACUCAAAUUCCCUCCCUAAUUCCAUGCGCUAUCGAUCAAGAUCCAUAUUUCCGCAUGACACGCGACGUUGCCGCACGUCUUCAUUUCGCGAAACCAGCUCUCAUCCACGCUCGUUUCCUUGAUGCUCUUCAAGGCCCUGGUUCUAAAAUGAGCGCUUCAGUUGAUACAUCUGCGAUCUUCAUGUAUGAUGAACCAAACAAGAUUAAAAAUAAAAUCUACAAAUAUGCAUUUAGUGGUGGACAAGUUACCGAGCAAGAACAAAGAGAAAAAGGAGGUGAUACAGAGAAGGAUGUCGCAUAUCAAUAUUUAACAUUUUUCUUAGAAGACGACGAGGAAUUAGAAAGUAUUAAGAAGGCAUAUAGAUCUGGAGAAUUACUGACAGGAGAAUUAAAAGCAAGAUGUAUUAAAGAAUUACAAAUAUAUGUAAAGGAAUUUCAAGAGAGAAGAGCAAAGGUUACAGAUGAGAUUGUAGCAGACUUUUUUGCAAAGAAAGAGUUAAUUUGGGGUGGAAAUCCAAAUGCUAGGAUUGUUACUCCUGCGGCUGGAACAACUGGAGAAGGAAGUGCAGAUGGAAGUGGAGAGGGUACGGGGAAAUUAACGAAGAAUCAAGAGAAGAAAUUGGCAAAGUUGAAGGCAAUUGAGGAAAAGAAAAAGGCUGCUGCUGCUGAGGCAGCUGCUAAGGCUGGUGGUGCAUAAGUUGGAUAUAGAGGUGGUGGGUGGUGGGUGGUGGCUGUGGGUGGAAGGGAAGAUAAAGGAAAGAGGAAAGAGAGGAGGGAGAUCAAUGAAGAUACCAUAAAAUACAAACUAUACAUGCGAGCUAUAUAAUGCAAUGCAAUCAAUACCGAAUCUAGCUUUCUGCUUUCUGUUUUCUAUAUUGGUCUUGGUCAAGAUUAAGGUUAAGCAUACAAUAUAAUACAACCUAACGAGAAUAAGAGAACGAA